AAGCCUUCCUAUAUAUCACCACUGUAGUGGGAAGUUGAUGUUAGGUGGGCGCGUGAUGAUAUGAUAGUUCAUAUUUUCUGGGUCCGAGUGAGGUGUUAUGUGGGUUUGAGUCUUUCUUCUUCUUGCUCUGUUUUAAGUGAUUCUUCCCAAAGCACCUUUAGGCUGUUAGCAGUGUAAAUUUUUGGGGAAGAAGAAUGAGCUACUUAGCUGUUGGUGUGAGUCCUGGAAAUGUUCCGGUGUAUCACAGCACCAAUUUAAAAGUGAAUGAUCGGAGGUUGAGGGUGGCAGAGUUGGUUUUGAGGUGCUUGAUCUGCGGUCUAGGAGUUGUUGCUGCUGCUCUUGUGGGAACUGAUACUCAGGUCAAAGAGAUCUUCACCGUCCAGAAGAAAGCUAAAUUUACAGACAUGAAAGCUCUUGUGUUUUUGGUGGUGGCGAAUGGGAUAGUUUCUGCCUACUCUUUGGUGCAAGUGGUGCGUUGUGUUGUGAGCAUGGUUAGGGGCAAUGUGCUCUUCAGCAAGCCCAUCGCUUGGAUCAUUUUCUCUGGGGAUCAGAGAGAAAUCCAUGAUGCCAAAGGCACCAUUCAUUCCUCCUCCAUUGCUCUAUUGCAGAAAAGGUUUAGAGAGAUGCAGAGAGUGAAGGCAAUGAGGGAGGAGAGAGAUAGAUCGAGAAUGCUAGCUGAACCAAAGCAUAAUAAGCAGUUGAUGAUGGUCGAUAGCAAUCCCACCAGCAUGCAUUACGAGCAGGGAAGGGCAAGGUUGUUCUUCCACCACCACCACCCUGAUCAUCAUCAUCUUGCCCUUCCACAUGACGAUCAUCGGUCAUCAUCACCAUCCGGCAGAGUUUGUCCGUUCUUGUGGCCAUUAUUAAUGAGUAAGCUUGAGGAGGAUUACUACAUAUCUAGGAGCAUCAAUGAGACCCCGCUGUUGACCAACUUAUUGCCCUCAGUCACAGCAGAAAACCCUAAUUCGUUAGACAGUACUACUACUAGUUGUUCGAAUCAAUUCGAAGAUUCCGAUUGUAACUCUGAUGUCAGUGAUGUGGAUACUUCCCUUCAUCUGUAGUAAACGAGCUCAUACUUGUUCUGAUGUAAUCAUGCCAUUGGGACGAUAUUAUCCGAGGCUUGAUUGGUUUUAAUAAACCUGCGUUGUACGUC